GUUUGAGUUUCUAGACAGCUCCUGCAGAGAUACAAUCUAUUAGCCUGAAUGUUGUUGGAGUGUGAGAGAAAACAGGAAUAUACAAAGGAACCUUACAGCAGAACUACCUAGCAGUAAAAUGCACAGACACGGUGUUUACUGUUUCUCUUUACACGUCUCCUAACUCGCCGGUCUAUUGUGAUAGAUGGCACACGUUAAGAUUAGGCAGAGAGAGAAGCGUGUGACAGGUUCAGCCCCCCCCUCCCUCCGAUUUUCGAGACCUGUCUGCAACUGAGUAAUGAAGUCUCACGGUUACCUAGGCACAGUAAGAAUGAGCACUGUCAGUGGCCAGCUAAUAAGGCUCUAACUAGGUUGUUUGCCCGCCUGUACAGAAAUGCACAUGGACCUGCAAUAGCAGAGCAUCCAUGUACUCCGGAUUUCGGUGUAAAGACGAAUUAUGCUUGAUGCCAAUGUUAUAGGGGAAAAAUAUAUUAAUGCCCGUAUUUUUUUUUUUUUAGAAAAGGUAGCAAACCUACGGCCUUAUAUCCCACAGUGGAGAGACCACAGCACAUCUGUGAUUGUAAUGAGGUGGACAAGAAGGGCUAAAACUAGCAGCUCGUUUAUAAUCCAAUUUAUACUGCCACUUUCGCACUACAUAGUGGGGUUAAAAUUCACUGUUCUUCAGGCCUUCAUUGAUGAGUAGGAGCUCUGAAGUUGGCAUGACGCUUUACAUUUAGACUGUUUUAACUUCACUGCACAGUUUAAUUUCUGACACUUUGAUACAAAUAUUUUAAACCUAUUAACAUUUUAUUUGUAUUUAGGAACGUGUUAGCAAUUGCAGCGUCCGGCCUGUAGAUUUUCUGUGUCACCUGUAAACAGAAUGUAUGGCACAAGCGUUAGUUUGCUUGUCAGACUUCAAUAAAGCUUGUUAAAAAAAAAUAAAAAAAAUCAGCUCUAGCUUGAGCGCAUGCUCAGUUUGGUGUGUUAGUUCCUGCAUUGGGUGCUGACGUCAGGGACGUGUGACCCAGGGCUUGCAUAAAGAACUCAUGUAACCCUCCAGCACCUGAACAUUACCUUCAAGAUGCUGCCCGCUGCUCCUAUUAUAAGUGGCAUUCAAAAGCUAAUACUUUAUGAGACCCGAGCAAGGUACUUUCUUGUUGGAAGUAAUCAUGCAGAAACUAGGUACCGUGUUUUGAAAAUUGAUCGUACUGAGCCAAAGGAUUUGGUUAUUAUUGAUGAUAAGCAUGUUUACACUCAGCAAGAAGUGCGAGAACUUCUUGGUCGUCUUGAUCUUGGAAACAGAACGAAGAUGGGACAAAAAGGUUCAUCAGGAUUAUCUCGUGCUGUGUCUGCUUUUGGGAUUGUAGGAUUUGUACAAUUUUUAGAAGGUUAUUAUAUUGUGCUAAUCACAAAAAGAAGAAAAAUGGCUGAUAUUGGAGGACAUGCAAUUUACAAAAUUGAAGAUACAAGCAUGAUUUAUAUUCCAAAUGAUUCUGUUCGAGUUACCCAUCCUGAUGAAGCAAGGUAUCUAAGAAUAUUUCAGAAUGUAGACCUGUCCAGCAAUUUCUAUUUCAGCUACAGCUAUGAUUUGAGCCACUCUCUCCAGUACAAUCUAACGAUACUUAGGAUGCCAGCUGAAAUGCUAAAAUCUGAAACAGCACCCCAUACCCGACAAGAAGGCUUUGAUAUUUUUGAAGAUGAAGAAUUAAGCAACCAAGGUGGGUCUGGUGUCUUUGGAAUAUGCAGUGAGCCAUACAUGAAAUAUGUGUGGAAUGGGGAACUGCUGCAGAAUGUGAGGGAUGUAGUACAUCGUGAUUGGCUACUUUACAUCAUCCAUGGAUUUUGUGGACAAUCAAAACUGCUAAUUUAUGGUCGGCCAGUGUACGUGACUCUAAUGGCUAGAAGAUCAAGCAGAUUUGCUGGGACUCGUUUCCUGAAAAGAGGAGCAAAUUGCGAGGGAGAUGUUGCCAAUGAAGUAGAGACAGAACAAAUUGUACAUGAUGCCUCGGUAAUGUCCUUCACAGCUGGAAGUUAUUCAUCUUAUGUGCAAGUGCGAGGUUCUGUUCCUCUCUACUGGUCUCAAGAUAUCUCAACGAUGAUGCCCAAGCCACCCAUUACAUUGGACCAAGCUGAUCCAUUCGCUUAUGCUGCAGCUAUCCAUUUUGACAAAAUGCUUCAAAGAUUUGGAUCACCCAUUAUCAUUCUAAAUCUUGUAAAGGAGCGUGAAAAAAGGAAGCAUGAGAGGAUACUGAGUGAAGAAUUAGUUGCUGCUGUUACCUAUUUAAAUCAGUUUUUACCCCCUGAACAUUGGAUUGUCUAUAUACCCUGGGAUAUGGCUAAAUAUACAAAGAGCAAACUGUGCAAUGUACUGGAUCGUUUAAAUGUGAUUGCUGAAAGUGUUGUGAAAAAAACAGGUUUCUUUGUUAACCGCCCAGAUCCAUAUUGCAGUGUCCUACGGCCAGAUGAAAAAUGGAAUGAACUUGGAGGAGUAGUAGGACAAUCUGGACGUUUACAGACUGGUGUGCUUCGAACAAACUGUGUGGACUGCUUAGAUAGAACCAAUACAGCUCAGUUCAUGGUUGGAAAAUGUGCUUUGGCUUAUCAGUUGUACUCUUUAGGACUGAUAGACAAGCCCAACCUGCAGUUUGACACUGAUGCAGUUAGACUAUUUGAAGAACUUUAUGAGGAUCAUGGCGACACAUUAUCUCUUCAGUAUGGGGGCUCCCAGCUUGUCCAUAGAGUUAAAACCUAUAGGAAGAUAGCUCCAUGGACGCAGCAUUCUAAAGACAUCAUGCAAACACUUUCUAGAUACUACAGUAAUGCUUUUUCAGAUGCCGACAGACAAGACGCUAUCAAUCUAUUCCUGGGUGUUUUCCGGCCAGCAGAAGGUAAACCUCAUCUUUGGGAGCUGCCCACAGAUUUUUACUUGCAUCACAAGAACACCAUGGGGCUUGAUCAUGCAAAAAGAAGUUAUACAUUUUGGUGGACUCCAAAGGUCUUAGAGAACCUGCCUUUACCUCUUGACGAAGUUCAUAGUUCUGAAAACCUAAAGAAGAUGACUAUUAAAAAAUGUAAUAGGAGCAACGACGAGACAAAUAUCUAUAAUGAGUUUUUCCGUCCUUAUGAAUUGAGUAAUUUUGAUGACACAUUUUGCCUGGCCAUGACAAACUCUGCAAGAGACUUUAUGCCUAAGAGCGUUGCCAUUGAUCCAAGUCCAUUUACUGUUCGUAAGCCAGAUGAAACAGGGAAGUCUGUUUCAGGCAAUAAGUCCAACAAAGAGGAAACUGUAUUACAAAGAAAAACUGCAGCAAGUGCACCACCCCCCCAUGGUGAGGAAGCAGUAUCUAGCAGCUCUGAGGAUGACUCUGGAACAGAUAAGGAAGAUGAAGGUUCAGUUUCUCAGCGCUCCACACCAGUAAAAAACUCAGAUACUGGUGACAAUACAAAAACAUCAGAGAACUAUAUGCAAUCAACAAAAGAUUCAUAUGGAAUAAAUCUUUCAGAUGUUCCUUCUGAGAAUGAUCUGCAGAUAUACACAAGGUUUGUCCAUUUGGGAAUUUGUCAGCAGAAGCAAGAUAAGAGAACCCUACAUAUAAGUUCAAAACCCUUUGAGAGUUUUGCAAAACUGAGCUGUAUAUCUUCAUUCUCUCAUGACAAUAUAUAUGAAGUUCAACCACCCAAAGUUGACAGGAAGUCAGUAGAAAUCUUUACUGCUCAUAUCCAAGCUGGACACGGUAUUAUGCAGCCACUCGGGAAAGAGGAUAUGCUCAUGUACAGAGAGUACAUCCGAAACCGCUACAUGUAAAGCAGGAGCCAGAUAACAUCAGCAAGAAUGAAUGUGGAUAAGAUGAAGAACAAAUGCAUUCCAUGUUGAAAUUUUGAAAAUCUGAAGUUACCUACCAUGACACAAAUAUUAGCGUACAUUGCCAGUAUUUUUAAUUAUACAAAAGACGCACAAUGAACUUGCUCCAAGGCUUGGCACUGUCCUUGCUGCCUCCAUGUGUCAUCAGUAACACACAGUGUGUCUAGCAAGGCCAUCAUGGCAAGCAUUCCAUCUUGGUUUAGGAAUUAAACAUAGUAAGAACUUAUUAAUCACUUAUUAAUCACUGCACAUAUGUACAGUAUGGAUACGGCUGUAGUCACUGCAGUGCAAAAUUUGGAGUUUGCUUAUGUGCUCUGAUGUGCUGAUGUGCUCUCCUGCAAUGUUCUGUAUAUUAGUGAUUCUUGUAGAUGUUUAGAAUUCACAUAUAGAUUGCUGCUCUCUGAGGCGCUUUGCCUAUGUAUGUGUUGUAUAAAUGAAUUUGCAUCUAUAUCAACGUAUUCCAGGGGCCAUGUCAGAAAUAUGCAAUAAACACAUAAUACUAGUGUUGCUAGGCAGCAGCCGUUUUAUGAAUCAGUGCAGAUUCUUUUAUUUAAUCAUAUCAGAAAGCGUGCUGGAUAGUUGCCAUUCAUACCAGGGCACAUUAAAGACUAAACAUAGUAAGAAAUAAAUAUUUAAACU